AGAAGCUACUGACUUUACUGCUUCUUAUUCAUAUGAUACAUUCACCUAUAGAAGAUUUGAGAACAUUGUUCAAAUAAAUAAUUUUUCAUUUUUUUUUCCUUUUAAAUUUCUUCAUGCAUAACUUUUGGAUUAUUUAGCUUUCAGCUCAGCUCUGUGAACCAACACACCACCAUCCUUCUUGAUUAAGCACGUACUGUGUGCUGCCAGCAUCGACACUGGAACAUUCCUCAUGGCAGCCUAUAAAACACAACUUGAUGCCUACUGAUGUAUUCUUACUCUGGAUCUCUAAGCUUCUUUGUGGAAUUAAGAAAUAAAUGCUUCUCAGACCACCCCAUGGAAUUUGAUUUCUGGCAUCUUAGGAGUAACGUGCCUUAUUUUGAUGGCUAUUAUGGGAAUUUUGUUGAAAAAUUUAUAUCCUAAACAAAGUAUUCAGCCAACAUUGUCACCAGAUGAAAUCACUGAAGUCCAGAAAGACUUUGACUGUUGUUCUUGUCCAAAAGGCUGGAUUGGGUACCAGUGCAACUGCUACUUCUUUUCUGGUGAAUUAAAGACUUGGAAGGAAAGUCAGAGUUUCUGUGCUUUUCUGAAUUCCAGUCUACUUUGGUUCCAAAACAGAGAUAAAUUGCAUUUUUUGAGCUCUAGUACAUAUUUUUACUGGAUUGGACUCCUUUACCAUAACGACAAAAAGGCCUGGCUGUGGGAAGAUGGCUCUCCUGUCUCCCAAGAUCUAUUGCCAUCACUUCAAAAAUUAAAUACAGAGAAAUGCAUAAUAUAUAGCUCAAGCCAAGGUAUAUUGGACGAACGCUGUGAUGAUGAAAGUCGUUUUAUAUGUAAAAAAGAGCUUAUUUAAGUGUUUCUUGGAGUGGGAGGGGUGGGCAGUGAAGAUUCAGUAGUACUAAGAAAUGACUUCACCUCUUAUAUUAUUGCUAAUUAUCUACUUCUGGGAUCUGUAAAAUGUUUCAAAUCAAGUCUUAUGAUACAAUUUUCAUACAUUUGAAAUCAUGUGAUUUAAAAUUGGUGAAAUUUGGGGCAGCUGAGUGGCUCAGUCAGUUAAACAGCUGCCCUCAGCUCAGGUUAUAAUCCUGGAGUCCUGGGAUUGAGCC